AUGGAUUCCUCUAAGGUCCCCGUUAAGCUUGUGAAGGUCAUCCGUAUCUUGGGCCGUACCGGUUCCAGAGGAGGUGUUAUUCAAGUUCGCGUCGAGUUCAUGGACGACACCACCAGAAGCAUCAUCCGCAACGUCAAGGGCCCAGUGCGCGAAGACGACAUUCUCUGCCUGCUCGAGUCCGAACGUGAGGCCAGAAGAUUGAGAUAA